CGGCACAGUCUGGGCCCUUUGGCAUGACCUACUUCAAGAGACCGACGGGCCGGGCUUCCGAUGGAAGGCUCGUCAUUGAUUUCUUAGAGUUCCACUGAUCCCUCCGGCCGCCGGCAUGCUAAAGCGCUCCGGAAAAAAGAAACUGGAUAAUAAACAAACAAACAAAAACCAUGAAAAAUUUGAGUCAUGUUCUAAUUCUAUAUGUAUUGCUGUAGAAUUCAAAUUUCAAAAUAUGACUUAUAAAAUUCAGCGUUCUUCCCAUUUUCAGUCAUGGUAAGGCGCACUUGGGUGGGUGAUUUUUGAGCAUACUGUUGACAAUUAAAAGCUUUUGUUUGCUUGCUUGAUUUUUUUCGCACUUCUAAGAGAUAUGGUAGGCCCAAAUUUGGAUAGAUAAUGAGUCACUUUUCCACCUGUAGACAAAAGGCCAGGCUGGAUGAAACCAUGGGUCGAACAAUCUUGUCAUAGAGGAUAGACAUAACUUCUUAAAAAAAUACACCAUUUCUUUCUAAUGAAGAAAAUAAACAAAAAUGUAUAUAUAUAUAUAUAUAUACCUAUUAUAUAAACUAAAAACUGUAGUGAAAAUUGAUGUGGUUUUUCACUUGGCAGCUGAAGCUCUAGGAUUGCCAUUUAUAAGCCCAUAUCUGCAAUCAAUUGGAUCUGACUAUCGACAUGGGGCCAACUAUGCAACAUUGGCCUCAACAGUGCUCCUCCCAAACACUUCAUUAUUUGUUACUGGAAUUAGUCCCUUUUCUCUGGCCAUUCAGCUCAACCAAAUGAAGGAAUUCAAGACCAAAGUCGAUGAACUUCAUGGCUCCUCAGACAAAACAGGAUCGACAAAACUUCCUUCACCAGCCAUUUUCGGGAAAUCGCUCUACACAUUUUAUAUUGGUCAAAAUGAUUUCACUUCCAACUUAGCAGCUAUUGGAAUAGGUGGUGUGAAGCAGUAUCUCCCUCAAGUUGUAUCCCAAAUCGCUGGCACCAUCAAGGAGCUAUAUGGGUUAGGCGGGCGUGCAUUUCUGGUGCUUAAUCUUGCACCUGUGGGUUGUUAUCCGUCAUUCUUGGCAGGUAGUAGUUCAGAGCUUGACGCUUUUGGAUGCAUGGUCUCUUACAACAAUGCUGUGGUGGAGUAUAACAACAUGUUAAAGGAGACACUAAGCCAAACCAGGGAAGCUCUCCUAAACGCUUCCCUCAUAUAUGUUGACACUCAUUCUGUGCUGCUAGAGCUCUUCCGCCAUCCCACAUCCCAUGGGCUUCAAUAUGGUACAAAAGCAUGUUGUGGAUAUGGUGGUGGCGCCUACAAUUUUGACUCAAAAGUGUACUGUGGAAACAGCAAAGUGAUUAAUGGGAAGGCUCUGACAGCAGCAGCUUGUAAUGACCCUAACAACUAUGUUAGCUGGGAUGGAAUCCAUGCCACAGAAGCAGCAAACAAGAUUGUUACAUGGGCCAUUCUCAAUGGCUCUUAUUUUGAUCCCCCAUUUCCAGUGCACCAACUCUGUGACCUCCACCCAAUAGGCUGAUCCAAUCCUUCUCUCAUUAACUAACAUUUCAAGCCAAUAAAUUGUCAAAUAAAUCUACCGUACCCCAAAUUGAAUUUUGAACUCAAUGCCGCAAAUCUCUUUCUUCUUUAUAUAUUAAUACGUCCCUUGUUAAAAUA